AUGCACAUGAGAGAAGCUAAACCGUAUAAAUGCACUCAUUGUAUAAAAUCAUUUGCGAAUAGCUCAUACCUCUCACAACAUAUGCGAAUUCAUCUCGGUAUCAAGCCAUUUGGUCCAUGUCAGUAUUGCGGUAAAAAGUUUACACAAUUAUCGCAUUUGCAACAACAUAUACGAACCCAUACUGGUGAAAAACCUUAUAAAUGCAAAUUUCAAGGAUGUGAGAAAGCUUUCAGUCAACUGUCAAAUCUACAGUCACAUUCAAGAUGUCAUCAGAGCGAUAAGCCCUUUAAAUGUAACAGUUGCUAUAAAUGUUUUACCGAUGAACAAGCACUUCUCGAACAUAUUCCAAAGCAUAAAGAAUCAAAACAUUUGAAGGUACAUAUUUGCCCGUAUUGUGGGAAAUCCUAUACGCAACAAACAUAUUUAGCAAAACAUAUGACGAAACAUGCUGAUAGGCGGAAUAUCAGUAAUUUCGUCGAAGGCCUUGAAGGCUUAAACGCUUGGCGUAAUGAUCCAUCAACAGCUCCUUCUAUGGCUGGUCAUAGUAUUCCCGAUUUGGCAUCAGUCACACAAUCACAAAUUGAUUUCAGUCAUUUUAAUGCGGGUAUUCAAGCCUCCGUGCUGUCUGUAGCAAAUCAGUCAGCCAAUAGUUCCACAGCGAAUUGCACUUAUCCAAGUGCAUCCGCUGCAGCGAAUCCAAUGAUGGUUAACGAUCCAUCAGCUUUUCGUCUUAAUAUGGCUGCAUUUGGCAGAACUCUUGGCACUUCACGAUCUUAUUUUCCUUUUGAUAAUCCAGCUUUCAAACCGGAGGCACCAAGGCCAGCAGGCUUCAAUAUGAUAACACCCCUUGAGAAGAUUCAAUGUUUCACACAACAAACAUCAACCGCAUCAAGUGUACAAGAACAGCAACAAUUCCAAAAUCCGAUGUUAAAUUACAAGUAA